AUGGAAAAGUCUAAGUCGCGUCCGCUGACAACUCAUGCUCUGGCAUGGUCUUGUGAUGCAGAGCUUGCAGUUGCUACAGAUGAUACUAUCUACAUAUUCCUUCCAGAGUAUCCGAGGAGUGGUGGUCCUGAUGAAGGAGCGGACGAAGAAGAAUUACAGAGCCAGUACACGCUCUCAUAUCGGGCCUCAGGCUUGAUUCGUCCAGAUCCCUCAAUCAAUGCACAACUUUGUUCGUUUUCCGGUAUCAGAGUGGCUGGACCGCCAGCCAACGACGAGAAUUGGUUUCCUGGUGUGGGCAAUGGAUUAGUGACAGGUUCGGGGGCACCAAUAUGCCAGAUUGUGAGAUUAGAAUGGUCACCAAAUGGAUUGGGUUGUAAUCUUCGACCUAUCUUAACAGCACUUUCGACCAGUGGAUGUAUAUACGCGAUUGGUGAGCACAUCGAUCGACAGUCUGCAAUGAUAUCAGGCAUGCGGGUUCGAAGCUUCAAGGCAUGGAAGACACUCUGGGGUCUCGGGGCCCAACUUCCGCUGCCCGACAGCAACGAGGAAGAUGGAUACCGAAAUAUGAAUGAACGCAUCCAGGCCUUCUCGUGGGCCAAAGAAGUGGCUACAGGGAGAGGCCUUCUGGCAUACUGCAAUGAUGUCGAAGAAGUUGCUGUAAUGGCGGUCCAGCUCUUCUCACAGGCAAAAGGUGACCCCUCUAGUGAAGAGACGCGAUGGGAGAUCCAAGAAGUUGGCCGGUUUGAUGGUAGAGGGAGACAUAUUAAGGAAGACGCUGUGGAUAUCACAGAUCCCGAUUACGUGCCCCAUGGGAGUGCCUUUUCCUUGAAAUGGAGCCCUUGGUACAAUGACCAAGGCAAAAGAGUUGCUAUACUAGCAUAUUUGGCAAAGAAUCAUGUCGGGUUCCGAAAGAUCACUAUCCUCGGCAAUUGGGAGAGGGGCCACCCUCCACACAUCGAAGUCGAGAAGGCGGAUAUGGCAGCCAUUUGCAUGUUUCUAUCAACGGAUGCAUAUAUCGAGUGGGAAGAUCUGCCCGAGAUCGUAUAUGACGAUGGUAAGCCCGUAGUCAGGGGCGUGGUCGCUGAUCCGUUCAAUGUGAAGCCGUUUCAGGUUUCGUUUGUUGGCGAUGCUGAGGAGUUGGCUGGCGCUCACUAUACUUGGGAGUGUUCGACAACGUAUUCCAAGGAAGAUGAAAUAGUCUCAUCGAAUCCUGUUUCUGGACUUCUAAUUCACGAUCAAGGCAUAACAAACACAGGAUCGGUCCCGUACUACUCAAUCGCCAGAUUAUCUGCAACAUCACGCAACCAAGACUGGUUUCAAACAAACCUUCCAGACUCAGAAGCCUCUGUACCGAAAUGGGCAACAAGAAUUCGGAAGCAGACAACACGGCUCGUUGCAAGAGCGGUUGCGCUGGAAGGUUUAGACUCGGAUUCGGAUGAUUCAGAAGACGACCUAAUGGACGAAGAUACGACACAAUUACAAGUUCCCGAAUCGAGGUACCGCAUCUGGGGUAUGGUGCAGUCACCCGGCGGUGGCACAACAGCAGUGCUUGUAUCACAAUACAGCACUUUGCACCCAGAAAGACGAGCACUCUGUAAACUAAUGUUCUCAAGAAGAGACGAAGAGCGUGGCGAGAAUGAUGCAGUCACACUAUCGAAGCCUUUAACUACUGAAGGUCAGGUUUGGGAGUGGAUGUACGGGAGUGCCCCUGAAGUGCUUGGGACCACAGCAACCCGCAAGAUAUCUCCUGAGCUUAACAAUUCCCUAUUGAGAGAGCAGUUUAGAGAUGUUGCUGCUAGUCAACACUGCGUGUUUUGUGAUGCGGCAUUACGAUUGGAAGAGGAAGAGGCAAAAUGUGAAAACGGGCAUUUGUUUGGUAAGUUGUCUACGCAGCCUCCCUAG